AUGGCGACAGAUGAGUCGAUUGCUACGGUGGCUGCGAAGGCUCCGGUGACGUCGGAGAGGAAGGUCCGGACUGAUCUCGACGAUCGUCUCCCCAAACCAUAUGUGCCUCGAGCGAUGGUUGCACCAGACAUGGAAAACGUAAACGGCUCAAGGGGACACAAGCAUCAGGACAUGUCUGUUCUUCAGCAGCACGUCGCUUUCUUUGACCAGGAUGGUGAUGGUAUUAUCUAUCCAUCGGAGACAUUUAAAGGAUUUAGGGCACUUGGUUUCAACGUGAUCUCUAGUUUCUUUCUAACAAUCAUCGUGCAUCUUACGAUGAGUUACGCCACAUUGCCUACUUGGAUGCCUUCUUUUAGUUUCCCGAUUCACAUCAAAAACAUUCACAGAGCCAAGCAUGGAAGCGACACCUCUACUUACGAUACAGAAGGAAGGUACAUUCCUGCGAAUUUGGAGAACAUGUUCAGCAAAUACGCACGUACCGUGCCUGACAAGCUAUCUCGCUAUGAGCUGUGGCAGAUGACUGAGGCUAACCGCAAUGCAUUCGAUUUCUUUGGCUGGGCAGCGAGUAAAAUGGAGUGGGGAGUAUUGUACUUGCUGGCUAAAGACGAGAACGGCUACUUAUCCAAAGAAGCUGUUAGGAGAUGCUUCGAUGGGAGCUUGUUCGACUACUGCGCCAAGACGAGAGCUUCUACUAAAAAGGCUGAAUGA